AUGGAGGCGUCGCGCUGCCGGCUCGGACACCGCGGGGACAGUGCCUUUGAGGAUGAGACCAUGAAGCUUCGACAGAUGAAGCUCGAUUAUCAGAGAGCACUGCUAGAAAAGAAGCAGAGAAGAAAGCGCUUUGAGCCACUCAUGGUACAGCCAAAUCCAGAAGUAAAGCUAUGUCAAUCAAAGCCAAGAGGUAGCAAGGAGCAAACGCCUUUGGUGGAACCUCAUACCCCACAGAACGAUGUUAUCCUACAAGGCAUUGAUGGUCCAGCGGCCCUCUUGAAGCCAGAUGCUCAAGAUUUGGAAACCAAACUUCAUGUUCUCUCAGUAGGCUCUUCUGCUACAGAAGAGGAUACAGAAGGAAGUGUUGAUGGGGAAAGCACUUUGGAGACUGUGUCCAAGCCAGAUCUCCAGGAGAUUCUCCAAAAACGUGGUAUCUCAAGUAGUUUGAACUUUGAUGAAGAGGAGACCGAUGGAGAGGAAGAAGGGAAAAAAUUAUGUCAUUCACCAUAUUCAGAGGCAGAGAGACCCAAUUCUGCAUCCAGCCAGAAAUCAACCACAGAUGCGGGAGCUUCCGGUACUGCAGCUCAACAAACAGAUAACCAGCUGGGAGAAGUGGAGAACUUAGAGGACUUUGCAUAUAGUCCUGCCCCUCGGGGGAUUACAGUCAAGUGUCGGAUAACCAGGGAUAAAAAAGGAAUGGAUCGGGUUCUCUUCCCCACUUACUAUAUGCACUUGGAAAAGGGUGAAAAUCGGAAGGUAUUUCUUCUUGCAGGUAGGAAGCGGAAAAAGAGCAAAACAUCCAACUACCUUAUCUCCAUUGAUCCAACAGAUUUAUCUCGUGAAGGGGGAAGUUAUAUUGGCAAACUCAGAUCCAACCUCAUGGGGACCAAGUUCACAGUUUAUGACCAUGGUGUUAGCCCAACCAAGGCCCAAGGUCUGGUAGAGAAGGCCCAUAUCCGGCAGGAGCUGGUAGCCAUUUGUUACGAAACAAAUGUACUUGGAUUUAAAGGUCCUAGGAAAAUAUCUGUGAUCAUUCCAGGGAUGAAUAUGAAUCAUGAACGGAUCCCCUUUCAGCCACAAAAUGACCGCGAGAGCUUGCUUUCCAAAUGGCAAAACAAAACCAUGGAGAACUUGAUUGAACUGCACAACAAGGCCCCAGUCUGGAACGAUGACAGCCAGUCAUACAUCCUGAACUUCGAUGGCCGGGUCACUCAGGCAUCUGUGAAGAACUUUCAGAUAGUCCACGAGAAUGACCCUGACAACAUAGUCAUGCAGUUUGGACGUGUGGCAGAAGAUGUGUUCAUCCUGGACUACAGCUACCCGCUGUGUGCACUUCAGGCCUUUGCCAUCGGGCUUUCUAGCUUUGACAGCAAACUAGCACGUGAAUAA